GCACGCGUGAAAACCUCGCGCAUGCGCAGUGCCAGGGUUACCGACAGGGUCAGUCAAUAGCAGUUGUGUAAAGAUGUCGGCUGUGUGUUUCUCCUUGAGACGCUGCGGUGUAGCUGUGACGCGCUCCACAGUUCUCACAGUGACCGCUCGAUACGCACAGGCAGCAGCAGCCGCUCAGCCACGUAUUAAGACAUUCCAGAUUUACCGCUGGGAUCCAGAUAAGCCUGGAGACAAACCACACAUGCAGACGUACGAGGUCGACCUCGACAUGUGUGGGCCGAUGGUGUUGGACGCUUUGAUUAAGAUAAAGAAUGAGGUAGACUCAACUCUCACCUUCAGACGCUCCUGCAGAGAAGGUAUCUGCGGUUCGUGUGCAAUGAACAUUAACGGUGGGAACACACUGGCGUGCCUGAACAGGAUCGACACUAACACCAGUAAAGUGACUAAGAUUUAUCCGCUGCCUCACAUGUAUGUGGUUAAAGACCUGGUACCGGACAUGAAUAACUUUUAUGCCCAGUACAAGUCGAUUGAGCCGUAUCUGAAGAGGAAGGACGAGAGUCAGCAGGGGAAAGAGCAGUACCUACAGAGUGUGGAUGACCGACAGAAACUGGAUGGUCUGUACGAGUGUAUCAUGUGUGCGUGCUGCAGUACCAGCUGUCCCAGUUACUGGUGGAAUGGAGAUAAAUACCUGGGACCCGCCGUCCUCAUGCAGGCAUACCGGUGGAUGGUGGACUCUCGUGAUGAGUACACGGAGGAACGUCUAGCUAAACUGCAGGACCCAUUUUCUCUGUACCGCUGUCACACCAUCAUGAACUGCACCAAGACCUGCCCCAAGGGUCUGAAUCCAGGAAAGGCCAUCGCUGAGAUUAAGAAAAUGAUGGCGACAUACAAGGAGAAAAAGUCAGCCACUGCGUGAUGCUGGUGAUCUUGGGAACUGAAUGCACUCAGUCACCUCAUGGCCUUGACUUCCUUCUUCACCUACACACUACACUCACCCUCACACUCCUCACAGUAUUGAUACAUGAGAAAAGUUUAUCCUUGCUGCAUUUGUUCAUCUGUUACAGGACCUAUGAAGAAACAGUCAGGGUGGGUGCAUGCGUGUGUGUGUGUGUGUACAGGUGUACAGUAUGGUGGGCUGAGGUUGGCUGUGGUCCAGUCUAACAAAAUAUUUAAACACUUGUAUCUAUGGGCUUUACUGAAUAUAUGUGUAAUAAAUGUAGGAAGUCCACA